AUGGAUGACCUUGUCCAACGAUCUUAUCUUUCUUGGCCUGGCAAUAACAAGUUCUUUUGUGAUGGGAAAUUAAUGACAGGGUAUGGUUUACUUAGUCCUGAUGUUCAUCGAGCAAUCAUAACCUUUUUUUUAAUAUUAGUACCGGGGAUAUUAUUUCUAGCUGUCCCAGGCAAGUAUUUUGCUGAAGACUAUCUCUUUGUUCCUAUUUAUAGUGCCUUGCUUUUAUUAUUAUCAUUAACUCUUCAAGUGAUCACCUCUACUACAAAUCCAGGAUUUUUACCAAGACAAGAGCCUCCAUUUGCAGUAGGCCCCAGAGGUGCACCUACAUUAUCAUUUGCAAUGCAGCAAGAUCCAACAAAAUUAUCAGCAAUAGAUAAAGGUUUUUUUGAAUACCAAGUAGGAGGAAGAUUAAUUAAAAUGAAAUACUGCAGAACUUGUAUAUAUUAUUUAGGUCUCAUUUUAAGGCCUCCCAGAAGCUCCCAUUGUGGAGACUGUGAUGUUUGUGUCGAAAAAUUUGAUCACCACUGCCCAUGAGUUGGAAACUGUAUUGGAAAAAGAAACUAUAAGUUUUUUAUGGGAUUUUUAUAUUCUACAAGCUCUUUAGUUAUUUUUAACUUGGUAUUCAGCAUAUAUCAUUUAGUAGUUGUCUCAGAUAAGGCAAAAGACGAUGGAGGAAUGCAAGCUUUUCAAAAUGCUUUACAAAAAGCAGGGCCGACUAUGUUUAUUUUACUAGUUGCUUUGGUUGUAAAAAAUAUUUAGAUGAUGUGGUUUGUGCUUGGGCUGACCAUUUUUCACACAUAUUUGCUAUUUACAGGGCAAACUACUAACGAGAUAAUAAAAAAGUCUUGGAAAAAAUCGAUGAAUCCUUACACUAAAAGAUCGAUUUUUAAAAACAUUUUUAGCGUUAUAUGUGCGAAAACUUUUCCUAUGCGUUUUCGUGCGAGGGCAUUUAGUCCUUUAAGUUUUCAAAAAUAUUUUGUGUGCCCCUCAAUUGAAGCUACCAGAAUUUCAGAAAAAUUUUCAGAAGAGGAUGGGAAACCUGAGAAAUAUUGUGAUAAUAACAAAACUGGAGGAUUGGUAUCACCGUGCGAUGGGAUCUCAAACAAUGAGCCUAUUUCAGGAAGAUUCACGUUCCACGAUGAUAAAAUAUUGAUUAACUUUAAAUAA